AUGGAUAACGACGGGCCAGACAACUCCACCCAGCCGGAGCAGACUGCUCAAGCCUCCGAUGUAGGCCUUGCUUGCAACUGCUGUCGGAAACGGCAAGAUUGUAUCUACGAGACGAAACGCGCCAGGCCUGGCAUGAAAGCCGGUGCCAUUGAAAACGUCCACAAAAGGCUCGAUGCAUUGGAACGGACGAUCGCGAAACAACAGACAACAUUGGAAAACCUGCGCGCCGAAGAGACAUCAAAUACCAACGCAAGCUCGCGACAAGAAGCUAUAGAUGGACAGAGUCUGCUGUUCUCUCUUGCACGCGAAAUAUGCAAACUCGGCAAACCAGCCCUUACCGUUUCUCCAGAAGCUUCUGAUGAUCCGAUACAUAAACGUCGUCGAACGGAAAGAGACAGUGGGCACCGAGAAAGACCUCAGUAUGCGGUUAAUCGGCCAAGCUUACCAGAUGAUGUUAUCCUCGACCAAGUUUUAGACGCAUACUUUCGGCAGAUACACCCAUGGAUUCCGAUGAUACACGAGGCGCGAUUUCGCAAACGACUUCAGGAUCAUGGCGAUGACACAAAUCUGCUUCCGCUUCUGCAGGCUAUGAUCUUGAGUGCCUCGCAUCAUGUUCCCAGGAGAGAUGUUGCCGAAAUAGCACAGAGUCUCAUUGGGGACCAAAAAGAUGUCAGAGGCUGGGUGGUUGCCAAAGCUACCAAGAGUCUGUCGGUGGAGAACCUCCAGGCUCUGAUAAUUAUCUGCUUUCGCGAUAAAGUGAGGAAGCGGAUCGCUCAUCAUUUUCUCGCCCAUACACUUCUCUACAUCCCCCAUAUGGAUGGACAGAAGCGGAAGAGAGAAGGAGGCCUUACCUCGGACGAUGUCAACCGCCGAUUGCCCUGCGACGGAAUAACGUGGAGAAAGGAGGACCCUGUAUCUACUCCAUACUUUGGUAUCUGGGAUAAAUCAGCCGCACGCAUUGGAAACCCCAUCGCUUUUCUCCCUUCGCAUUCCACCGCCGCACCAGCCACCGCGGAUGAAGACGGGGUGACACCGUCCGAAGCAACAACAUCUCCAGGAGCAGCAGCGUCUUCUGUCGAUAUGUCGACAGUCGGUGCAUUUGCCUAUUGUAUCGAGGCAACCGAGUCAUUGAGUCGCGUCACGAGUUACUUCCUUCAGCAGAAAGUAAAUAUCAAGGACCAUAAUGAUCUCGGAAGUUGGCUCACACGCUUUAAAGAGCUUGACGUACGGUUGGUGCACUGGAAGAUGCUUCUCCCCAAGAAGUGGAAAGUGAAUAUUGCUCAACAAUCGUCGAGGAUGGAUCCAAACCUUACGCUAGCCCACGUCACGCACAAUGCAUCCAUGAUACUACUACACCAACCCAUAGCCUUUCCUCCUCUGGACUGGACUUUCAGAACAAGGCUUCCGAGCUUCUGUAGCCUUGAUACUUGCCAAGCGGCAGCCAUCGAGAUUGCGACGAUAACGAAUAACUACCUCCAGAUUGCUGAACAUACAGGUCCUCUGAGUAAUCAAUAUGCUUUCUGUGUGUACCUUGCAGCCAGAGUUCUGCUAUUACACUGGCGGUAUCAUGCGACUGAUGCUUUGUCACCCGAGUUCUGGGCAAUGACACAGAAUCUAGAGACAAUGGCUAAGCGAUGGUCAGGGCCUCAUCAACUCGGACUUCGGGAGAAUUUAGCAUCCAAGUAUCAAGCCGUUCUUGUUGACUUGCAUACUCGAUGUGUUCAAGAUGCAUCAUUCAACAUCAGCCCUUCGGCUUAUACUACGGAAGUUAAGCACUCUAAAGCAGUGUCACAACAGCUAGAUACAGCUCCGAGGCCGCAAAGUCAUCAAGACUUCAGGCUUCCAGUGCAACAAAAUGGAGCCCCUUCAUUCACAAACAAUGUGUCAGCUAACGCGUACUUCCCUGGUGCUACGCCAAGCUUAGCGAAUGGUCAAGUAGGUCAAAGAAGCGGUAGUGUAGGCAGUGGAGACUUGGGCAUGAUUUCUCAAAUGCUCCUUGAUGCCGAGUUUAUCGACAUGGAUCGCGUGAUUAGUUUCGAUGAUGGCAUCUUUGGAACGGAACACGAGAGCGGAUGCUUUUAA